AGUGAAACUGAAACACGACACAGAUUGUGUAAAGAAACAAAAAGAGUUUAAAAGAGAGGAAAGAAAAGGAAAAAAACAAAGUUAUGUUUUUGGUCUGAGUUUGGUUUGUUAGAUUCUAUCUCCAUCUUGUUUCAAAACAGGCAUCAAUGGCGGAGAAGGAAGAUCAACAAAAGCAACCUUUGACGUUAAACUCAUCAACCAGAGCUUCUUCACGGCCGACGAUCUUACUCCCUCCUCGACCCUUUGGAGAAGUGUUUUUCAGCGGUGGACUUGGAUUUAGUCCUGGUCCUAUGACCCUCGUCUCCAAUUUCUUAUCUGAUCCCGAUGAGCUCAAAACCUUCUCUCAGCUUCUUGCCGGAGCUAUGGCUUCUCCGGCGGCUGCUGCCGUUGCUACCGCCGCAGCUGUCGUCGCUACUGCUCAUCAGACGCAAGUGAGCUCCGUCGGUGAUGUUGACCCGAGGUUCAAACAAAACAGACCAACAGGGUUGAUGAUUACACAGCCACCGGCGAUGUUCACCGUACCGCCGGGAUUAAGCCCGGCGACGCUUCUUGAUUCUCCGAGCUUCUUUGGUCUCUUUUCACCCAUUCAGGGAUCAUUUGGUAUGACACACCAACAAGCUUUAGCACAAGUCACUGCACAAGCAGUUCACGGCAACAGUGUCCAAUCACAAUCCGAACAUCCUUCCUCUACAGAACAAGAACAACAGACUUCAUUGACUGAGCCUCCAUCGUUUCAAGACUCGUUGGAAGUAUCAGUCUAUGAGCGUAGGUCAUCAUCGUCACAGCCUCAAACUGCUGAUAAACCAGCUGACGAUGGAUACAACUGGAGAAAAUACGGGCAGAAGCAAGUCAAAGGUAGCGAUUUUCCUCGGAGUUACUACAAAUGCACGCAUCCCGCGUGUCCUGUCAAGAAGAAAGUGGAGAGAUCUCAGGACGGGCAAGUAACGGAGAUCAUCUACAAGGGUCAGCACAGUCACGAGCCUCCCCAAAACAAGACCAAGAGAGACAGUAACGGGAGUUCUAGAAGCUCUGAUGUUGCAACCAGUAAUAGCGGUCUCAACAAGAAUAAGAGAGAUCAGGAAACGAGCCAGGUUACUACUACAACAGAGCAGAUCUGUGAAGCAAGUGAUAGUGAGGAAGUUGAAACUAGUGUGGAGCCUGAUCCCAAGAGAAGGAAUAUGGAAGUGCGGGUUACGGAACCAGUUACUUCAACGCAAAGAACAGUGACAGAGCCUAGAAUUAUUGUCCAAACGACGAGUGAAGUUGAUCUCUUAGAUGAUGGAUUCAGAUGGCGCAAGUAUGGUCAGAAAGUAGUCAAAGGAAAUCCUUAUCCUAGGAGCUACUAUAAGUGUACAACACCGGGAUGUGGAGUGAGGAAACAUGUAGAGAGAGCAGCAAAUGAUCCGAAAGCUGUUGUGACAACAUAUGAAGGGAAACAUAACCAUGACGUUCCAGCUGCUAGAAAUAGUAGCCAUCAGUUGAGACCAAACAGCAAUCUACACAACACCUCGAUGGAUAACAUAAAUCAAGAACAGCGUGUUGCGCGUCUGAGGCUUAAAGAAGAGCAAAUCACUUGAGAAAAUAAGAUAAUCUGUGAGUUUGAAUGAAUCUUUUUUUUGUUUAUGAACCUGUUUUGUUUCGUGUUUACUCAGUUGCCACAGGCUUCUAUGGAUAGAAACUGAUAAAGUACAAUUUCAGAAGGUAUAUAAAUAUAUAAUCUUCCAUGCUGGAAUCUUUUGUGUAAAGCUUAGCGCUUUAGGAUGUAAUGUAAAAAUCAGAUUCAAGAUUCUGGUCUUUUGUGGAUUCUUUUGUAAAUUGGGAAAGACAAAGUUACAUGGAUCUUUCUGUUCUUUUGAUAAUAGGUUACAGUUUGUGGA